CAUUCUUAUAUUUCUUCUUUUAUUAGCAUUUUCAAUUGAGGUAUUGAUUGAAUGGAGACCGCGGGCAGCAAUCACUUUAGCCAUCCGGAGCACCCACUGGAGCUAAAAAACUACAAAAAGCCUUACACUUGCGACGGAUGCAAGGAGCCAGGAUUCGGAUCAAGAUACAGAUGUGAGGCCUGCGACUUCGAUCUCCACAAGGACUGCAUGUUCCCUGCUGAAACCACUACCCAUGACUUCUUCGGAAACGCCACCUUCAAAUUUCUCCCUCGACCACCCAAUCUAAAGUGCCAAGAGAAGCACUGCAGGAACAAGUGCAAAAGCUACUGUGAUGCCUGUGGAAAGGUCGUGAAGGGCUUUGUUUACCACAAUGCGGCACACAACUUGGAUUUGCAUCCAUGCUGCCGCAACCUCGAGACUAAAAUGGACAUCCACGGCGAGGAGUUUUGGCUCCAAGAUAAGGUGUCAAGGCGGUGCAAUUGGUGCAGGAAGAAGAAGCUUCAGGGCAGAGGCUCAGGCGUCCAAGGCUGGGCUUACGCAUCAAGCAACGAAGACUACUAUUUUCAUGUGGGCUGUGUGCCGGAGAUGAUGCUGGAUGCUUGGCAAAAUGACGGUGGUAUUGGCAAUGAUGAUGAUGAUGAUAAGAGUGUAGCAGCGGUGAGUAAAAUGAAGAUGCAGCUGCAACGCAAUUCAAAGGGAAAUAGGGGGAGAGGAAACAAGUAUUGGAAGAUGCUGAAGUCAAUCUUGAAGAUUAUAGUGUCUGUUUUAUUAGGGGAUCCAACCAUAACUCUCGCUUGUGUGGUUGCAGAGUCGCUUCUCUCCAAGUAAUAUUUUAUAUUUUUUAGGUUUAUGUUUCAUUUGUAUGGAUGAGUGUUAGUAUGCAUUGAGCUUUGAUAAUUUUAUUUAGCUUAUCUCCAAGAGUAAUAGUGUUGAUGCACGACCCAAAUUUCGGGUAACUUAGAAGCAUGAACCAAGUAAAAGGUUUGAU